AUGCACUGGUCCUGCUGCUUGGAAGAACAUCCAAAGUCCGGCGGAAGUCAUUUUCACAUGGCCCUAAAACUCGACAGAAAUCAGCGAUGGCUACCAAGCAAAAGGUUUCUUUACGAACUCUGCGGCAUAUCCGUUCACUUUUCAGCCAUUCACAGAAAUUAUUUCAGUGCCUGGAAAUAUGUGACCAAGCAAGACAAGGAGUUUGUUCAAAGUCCUGGACAUCUGGAUCUCAGUGAUGGGCCCCCUAAAACUACGAGGGCAUCAUUCGCCAAUAAACCACAUUCAACCGGAAGUCAUGGCGCGGAACCGGUUCCUGAUGACUCCUCGGAUUGCAAUGAAGAAAUUAGACAAGAUCACGGGCAGAAAAAAACAAAAACUAAUCGUAAAAAGCGAAUGUCUUCUUAUGACCUUGCCGAAAUUGUAGAAGCCAAAAAAAUUAAAUCGUAUACCGAGUUAGUUGCUUUUGCUAGAGAGCAAAAACUUGGAAGGCAAAACAGACGUACCCGAAUUUGUUUUGAAUCGCGGGUCGAAAGUCGUUGCGGAAGUUUUGCAAACUGCAUGGGACAUGGAGAAUUCCCAAGAAACUCUACAAAGGCAAAAAAAGUCCCGGUUACAGUUGCUUUAUGA